UAUAUAAGAAGAUGUGACGCGCCGGUUGCAACUUCUUCGCUCUCUCAUAUACUCUACGUUAACUUUAUACCUGCUAAGUGAUUGUUUGUUUAAACAUCUAUAUUAUUCAUCUUAUUUACUUGUGUUGUUUAUUAUUUAUCAUGUUUCGUUUGAGCUUUUUAGUGAGCUUCGUAAGCUUUACCACCUGCACUCCACUCUGGCCUGGUUUACAAUUCCACAAUCAAGAUGGUUCUGGUUCAUAUAGUUACGGUUAUCAAGGGCCUCAUCAUGCAAAAAUGGAAUCUAGAUCGAACGGCAUUACUCAAGGAGGAUACUCUUAUAUAGACGCAAAUGGUAUUCUUCAGAACGUAGCUUAUACUGCAGAUCCGGUGAAUGGAUUUCGAGUUAGAGCGAGUAAUUUACCACAACAGCCGGAUAACUCUUUACUACCAGUAAACGAGACUCCUGAGGUGGCAGAAGCACGUCGGAAUCACUUGGCCGAGUAUACGAGAAUUGCAAAUUCACUUGGAAUUCCACAAACUUCUAAUACCAUCGAUCAAUUCGAACAAUCAACCCCGAAAAAUCCCUUUAUACUGUCCAAUGAAGAAGCAUCGAGGAUUGAAAUUCCCCAGCCAACUCUAAACCAAAUCUACAUCAUCAAAAGACCAUCUCAAUCAUUAUUAUCGCAUUACAACGGGUUUUCAUCUCCAUCAGCAGCAUCCUCGGUGCCCGUACCACCAGAAGCAAUAAGAGCGUCGUCAGCAGUACCAUCAAACUCACUGGUAAUUCCAGUUUCCUAUAGAAUGCUCCAUUCAUCACUCCGACAUACUCAAGACUCCUUGGGCCAGUACGACUACAGCUACACGGGUGACACCAGCGCUAAAACUGAGUCCAGAUCAUUAGACGGAACAACUCGCGGAGCUUACAGCUACAUCGACGCAAACGGUCUACUUCAACAAGUUCACUACAUCGCUGACCAUAAUGGGUUCCGAGUACUGGCAACUAAUCUACCCGAAGCCUGAUUAUAACUUUAAAUUUAAUUUAAUUGCUAAGUUCAUUUUUAAAAUCAUCCGACAUAAAAUUACAUCCAUAUGUGGUGUCAACUUUUUUUACUUUAUAAUUAAACUCAUCAACAACCUUUGCGGAUUACACCAUUAUCAUUAUCAUCAUCAUCAUCAUCAUCAUCAUAAUAUUACAUGGAGGUUUUUUCAGGUAGUGGGAUUUCAAGAUUGAAUGCUUUUUGAGUGGGUUCAAUAGAGAUAAUCUCCCGUUUGAGCGUAUAUACACUUGACUGGCAUUCACAUUUACUAUCUCUGUAUUACACAUACGUUAUAUGCGAUUUAAAUAAAUCAUUAAACUUGACACAAUUA